AUGAUUCCACUAGGGUUUGUGCAGAGUGUGAGCACAAAGAUAAAGGUUGUAAAUGGAGAAUUUGGGCUUCAUGGGAGAGAGGAAGAAGAGCAGUAUGCAUUACUCCCAAGGUAUGCAGCUGAGAUACUAAGAAGCAAUCCAGGGAACACAGUGAAGUUGAAGUUGGAUGCAAAUGUGUUUGACAGACUGUAUUUGUGUUUUGAGGCACUUAGGAAAGGGUUCUUGGCAGGAUGCAGACCUUUCAUAUCACUUGAUGGAUGUUUCUUAAAGGGACCAUUUGGGGGUCAAUUGUUAGUAGCAGUAGGGAGGGAUGAAAACAAUCAAAUGUUCCCUUUGGCUUGGGCUGUUUGUGAGGUUGAGAGCACUGACACGUGGAGUUGGUUUCUAGAACUUCUAGCUACUGAUUUAGGCACUAGUGAAGGAGCAGGGUACACAUUCAUGUCUGACCAACAAAAGGGUUUAUUUGCUGCUGUGUCAAAUGUGUUUUCACAAGCUGAAAGUAGGGUGUAUGCAAGGCAUGUGUACUGUAACUUUAGGGGAGUGUUUGGAGGUGGUUUAGAGUACAGAAAACAAUUCUGGACUAUUGCAAAAAGCAACACAGUAAAUCACUUCAAUGAAAACAUUGAAGUAAUGAGGGGUAUUUCACAUGAAGCUGAUGAAGACCUACUGAAAAGGAACUACAAGAAAUGGUGUAGGGCAUUCUACACUCCAUUAUCUUGUUGUGACAGUGUAGACAACAACAUGAGUGAGGUGUUUAAUGCAUACAUCUUGAGUGCAAGGCACAAGCCUAUUAUUACCAUGUUGGAAGAUAUCAGAGAGGGUUUGAUGGAAAGACUGCAUAAGAAAAGAGAUUUCAUUGGGAAAAAGGAGAUAAUGUUGUGUCCUAGAAUCCAAAUUCAGUUAGAGAAACACAAAAUUUGGGCUAGGGGUUGGAAUGCAUAUUGGGAUGGUGGGUUUUGCUAUGGAGUAAGAGAAGGUGCAACACAGGUUAAGUAUGUGGUGGAUCUGAACCAACAUACUUGCAGUUGCAAUGCAUGGCAGACCUACAUGAAGGCAUAUGAAUUUUUGUUAGAGCCUUUAAAUGGUCCUCAAGAGUGGCCUACUUCUGAUAGCAUUGUUGUGGCUCCAAAGGUGAAAAAGGUCAAUGGAAGACCUAAAACAAAGAGGAGAUAUGGUAUUGGAGAGGUAACUGCAUCUGGUAAGCUGGAGAGAACAGGUUGUUCUAUGAAAUGCAGCUUAUGUGGUGUGAUAGGCCACAACAAAAGGGGUUGCAAGAAUGCCCCUAAGCAACAACAACACAGCAACAAUCAUGCUACUGUAGAGCAGACCACACCACAGCAACAACACCCAAGAACCAGUUCAGCUAUAACAAUGCACAAUAGGGGUGUGGGUAUUUAUACCUACCCAAAUGGGUAUCAAAGAAUAGCUACUCCUAUAUCACAACAUUUCCCCACACCACAGAGGCAAAGACCUCCUGCAGCUUUCUAUUCUGAUCAUGGGGGUGAGCAAACCAUCUACUCCUUCCCUGCACAUGACUUCCCAUUGUCACAGACUCAACCAAGUCAAUGA